AUGCUCGGCAGCGAUAACACAUUUGACCCAAACAACGACAUCCCGGACCUAAGCGGGAAAGUCUUUGUCGUCACCGGAGGCAGUGCAGGCAUUGGUUACGGAAUCUCAGCCCACAUCCUCCAGCACAACCCAGAGAAGCUUUACCUCCUCGGCAAAAAGCAGCACCAUCUCGAUGAAGCUGCCGAAGGUCUGAAGAAAUUCGGCGACAUUUCACGAGUGGAAUUUGUCCAGGUUGAGUUUGAAGACCUUCAUGGCACGGAUAGAGUUGCCAAGAAACUCGCAUCCGAGUUGGAGCGGCUUGACGCGUUGGUUCUGAAUGCCGGAUUGGGCGUCGGACCUUAUGGAGAGACAAAUGACGGCAUUGAUAGUCACAUGCAAGUCAAUGUCUUCGCGCAACACCAUUUAGCCAUGACCCUUCUACCCAAGCUGAUCGCUACUCCCGACAGUAGACUCUGUCUCCAGUCAUCAGACAUGCAUCGCGCAGCACCCAGCUCCAUCAAAUUUGCCAACAUUGAGGAAAUCAACACAGAUAUUGGCCCCGCGUAUCUUUACAAUCGUACCAAGCUUGCACAGAUUCACCUCGUGCGCGCUUUAGUUCGACGCAAAGAACGAGGCGAGCUUGGUAUGCAGCCUGGUAAAGGACCAUGGAUUAAUGCCACUCAUCCCGGCGGUGUCAAGACGGAUCAGCAAAAACAAGCGAUUGAUGCGUAUGGGACCCUUGGUAAAGUUGGUGUGGCUAUUGUCCGGCCAUUUUUGAAGGAUCCCGUUGACCAAGGUUGUCGGCCAAUUUUGUUUGCUGCGACGAGUGAUGCUGUCAAGGAGGAAAAGAUUGAUGGCUGUUAUAUUGUUCCCGACCGGAAGAUUACUGAGCCGACUUCGCAAGCUCUAGAUGACGAACUUGGGGAGCAGCUUUGGAGGCUUACUGAGACAAUUUUGAAGGCCAAGCUUGGGUCAACAACGCAGUGA